UCGCAGUUUGGCGGAGCCGUGGCUAGAGGCGCGCAGCCUGGCUUGGGCUCCCUGUCCGGCUCCGGAGGAUGCGGCGCGCCCAGGAUGCUACUGCGCCUGCUAGUGCCGCUGGCGGCGCUCCUCAGCCUGCGCCUCGGCCCCCGCGCGCACGGACUGCCCAGCCCUCCAUCUGUGUGGUUUGAAGCAGAAUUUUUCCACCACAUUCUCCACUGGACACUCAUCCCAAAUCAGUCUGAGAGUACCUACUAUGAAGUGGAGCUCCUGAGGUAUGGAGAAGAGUCCUGGAAGUCCAUCCCCAGCUGUAACCAGACCCUGGUGCUGUCCUGUGAUCUCACCAUGGUGACCCUGGACCUGUACCGCAGCAAUGGUUACCGAGCCAGAGUCCGGGCAGUGGACGGAAGCCAGCACUCCAACUGGACCAUCACCAACACUCGCUUCUCUGUGGAUGAAGUGACUCUGACAGUUGGCAGCGUGAAGCUCGAGAUGCUCAAGGACAUCAUCCUUGGGACCAUCCAGCCCCCCAGGCCCAAGGUGGCCCCUGCAGGCGACACAUACGAAAGUAUCUUCCAACACUUCCGCGAGUAUGAGAUUGACGUUCGCAAGGGACACUCUGCGUUCCUAAACAAGAAGGUACAACAUGAAAACUUCAGCUUCUCAGCCACUGGAAAAGUGGGAGAGUUCUGUGUCAGGGUGAAACCAUAUGUCAGCUCCCGACUGAACAAGGGUAUAUGGUCAGAGGAGGCGUGCAUCGUGGUCACCCCUCAGUAUUUCACCGUGACCAACUUCAGCAUCUUCUUCGCCUUCCUCCUGCUGCUCUGUGGAGCCCUGGCCUACUGCCUGGCCCUCCAGCUGUACGUGCGGCGCCGGGGAAAGCUGCCCGCCGUCCUGGUCUUCGAAAAGCCCAGUCCCUUCAGCCUCAUCAGCCAGCUUCCCUGCCCAGAGACCCAUGACACCAUCUAUCCCCUCGACGAGGAGGCCUUCCCCAAGGUGUCCCCAGAGCUGAGGAACUCGGAGCUGCACGGCAGCACGGACAGUGGCUUUGACAGUGCCAAGCCAUCCCUGCAGACUGAAGAGCCCCAGUUCCUCCUCCCUGCUCCCCACCCCCAGGCCGAGGAGGCUCUGGGAAAGGGGGUGCCCCCCGAGCUGGAGAACAGCUGCAGUAGCGGCAGCAGUAGCAGUACGGACAGCGGGAUCUGCUUGCAGGAGCCCAGCCUGAGUCCUGGCACAGGGCCCAACUGGGAGCAGCGGGAGGGGAACAACAGCCAGGGCCAGGAUGACAGUGGCAUUGGCCUAGUCCAAAACUCUGAGGGGCGGCCUGGGGAGACACAGGGUAGCUCAGCCUUGGGCCAUGUCAGUUCCCCGAGACCUGAGGUGUCUGGGGAAGAAGAACCAGCUGCGGUGGCAUUCCAGGGCUACAUGAAGCAGACCAGAUGCACAGAGGAGAAGGAAGCCAAGGCAGGCUGCCUGGAGGAAGAGUCCUCCUCAACAGAUGGCCUUGGCCCCAAAUUCAGGACGUGCCUGGAUGCUGAGGCAGGCUGGCCUCCACCAGCACUGGCCAAGGGCUAUUUGAAACAGGACUCCCCAGGAAUGACUCUUGCUCCCUCAGGGGCCCCAGCUGGACAGUGGAACCAACCAACUGAGGAAUGGUCACUCCUGGGCUUGACCAGCUGUGGUGACCUCGGAACAUCUGACUGGAGCUUUGCCCAUGAUCUUGCCCCUCUGGACUGUGUGGCAGCCCCGGGCGGUCUCCUGGGCACGUUUGACUCAGACCUGGUCACCCUGCCGCUGAUCUCCAGUCUGCACUCGAGUGAGUGACUCAGGCUAAGGGGCUGCUUUUGAUUUUAGCCAUCCCUGGACCAGGAAGAGGGGCCCCAGGGGUCAGAAGUGAAACACGAGGCCAGCCUGGGCACUCUUCUGCAAGCCCAGUGAUGCCAGCCUUAGCCAGGCCUGGCAUGGCUGGCUAGGGUGCCAGGGGCAGGAGGAGGCUGUCUCGCUAAACCAGCACAGCGCACGUGGGUGGCAUUGGCCUAUUCUGCAGACAGGGCCCUGCAGACUCUGGCAGAGCUGAGAAGGGCACGGCAGAGACCUCCUCCCUCCUUGGGACUCUUCCUGUUUUGUAAAGGAUUAUUUGCUCA